AUGGCUACCGACGAUGAAGCAAUCAGGCCUCUACUUUGGAGCUUCAGCGGGUUCCGUGAGACGAACAGGCCGGCUCCUCUCAGGCGACAUCUUACUGAGUCUCGUACCAGUCUAAAGGACAUACUAGCGUCACGUAAAAAGCAUUUCGUCGUCCUCGCGCUCGUAUCGCUGGAUGUCGCCACACUGAUGGCCAACAUCUUCGUGGAGCUCGUCGCAUGCGAUAUGAAGCGCGAGGACGAGCCCUGGGUCCGAAAUACACGCCGCGGCCUGACUACUGCCGGGCUUGUCUUCAGCUGCGUGUUCUUGGUUGAACUGAUUCUUUCUGUCUUCGCUUUUGGCUUAAGGUACUUCUCGGAUUGGUUUCACCUACUGGACGGUGUUGUUAUCGUGGCGAGCUUCAUUAUUGAUGUCUUGUCGCAUGGUAUUGUCGAAGAAAUAGCGUCUCUUGUCAUCGUUUUUCGGCUUUUUAGAUUUAUCAAACUCGUAGAGGAGAUGAGCUUGGGUGCGGCCGAGAGGACGGAGAGUCUCGAGCAGCAGCUUGAAGCCUUGAGGCAAGAAAAUGGUGACAUGAAGAGGCAACUGGGGCGACGGUAG